AUGUAGGGACUGAAACCUGAAGCUUGUGAUGCCCGAGCCGCCUGUAAGGAACUCACCUGGUUCCCUGUGGUUUCCUAGCAAAGGCCACUGUAGGGUCAGAGGUCAAGAGGAAACGCAUGAAGCCAGAGGAAAGGUCCCACAAAGAUAGUACUGCAAGUGUGUGUGUGUGUGUGUGUGUGUGUGUGUGUGUGUGUGUGGAACAAUCAGAGUCAAGUCAGAAAUGUGAGCGAGUGGAGUUCAGAGAACCGGGAUCCACUGCAGCCCUGAGACGGACGCUGGGACAGCAACAGGCAAGAGGACAGCCAGAAGCUCUGCUGAGGGAUCCAGAGACCAGGACCAGGACCAGGACCACUGAACCACCAUGGACUACGAGCCAAAGAAGUCCAAGAAGGGCUUCGUGUCCCCCAUCAGGAGGCUGGUUCGGUCCAAGCCGUCUCGCCGGCCGGUGGACGGCGGCGCCGCGUACCGCCGCCCGCUGCACACCGUCCCCCUUUACCCUCCCGACUACCUGAUCCACCCCGAGCGGCUCGUCUUCGACUACGUGGAGAAAGAAGUGAAGUUCCUGGGCCACCUGACCUGGGUGUCCGUCUCGCUGAACCCGUCCAGCCGGGACGAGCUGCUGCAGCUGCUGGACGCCGCCAGGCAGCUGAAGGUCCUGCCGCUGAGGACCAGCCCGGACCAGGACUGCAUCCUGAGCCUGUCGGCUCGCUGCCUGCUGCUCACCUGGAGGGACAACGAGAAGCUGCUGAUGAGGAUCCCCACGCACCAGAUCGCCGCCGCGUCCUACCUGAGGGACGACGCCCUGCACCUGCUGGUGCUCAAGACCGGCCUGGACGUGGACACGGUGGUUGCCGGGGACGACAGCCUGGACAGGAAGAAGCCGGCGGGCGUGGACGGGCGUCGUCAGACCAUGAGCGGCGGCGUCGACCCCCGGCCUGCAGGGGGAACCAUGGAGCGCCGACACACCAUCUGCGGCGUGGACUGGAGGCCGUCGCUGUCCAGGAGCGGCCACGACAAGAACCAGAACCAGAACCAGACCCCGGAGCGAGGGGGCGGGGACCGGGCGGGGGGGGGCAGUCUGGAGAGGAAGAGGGGCGGGGGCAGCUGGGAGAGGAGGCAGACCCGGAAAACGGGGGGCAGCUGGGAGAACCGGCGAGCCACCACGAGUGGCAGCUGGGGGGUGGGAGGGGGGGGCAGCUGGGAGAGGAGGGGCGGCGGCGGCGGCGGCGGCGGCGGCGGCGGCGGCGGCGGCGGCGGCGGCAGCUGGGAGAGACGGCAGGCCUGCACCGGCAGCUGGGAGAGGGGGCGGAGCUACGGCAGCUGGGAGAGGAGGAACCACAACCCGCUGGAACCCAGACCCUGUCCCCACGCCUACUGCAACCUGCUCAUCCUGGCCGUCCACAGCCGGGACGCUGCAGAGGAGUACCUCUCUCUCAUCUGUCAGAUGUUCCAGAUCAUCUACGGCCAUCGGACCAUCGAGUGUGUGGACCGGGCCGGGCUGCACCACAGCCUGCCGGACCGCCGCUGGCUGCAGAGGAGCGACAGCUGUCUGACCGACAUGUCCUACAGCUACGAUCCAGAGUUCAGCUGCUGCAGCUCGUAUGACGGCUCCCAGGACCUGGAGUUGUACUACAGCGAGACGUACAGCGAGAGCUCGUCGCUGUCGCUGCAGGACUCCGUGGGUGACGGAGCAGACGGCAACCCGGCUCUGCUGCUCAUGCAGGACUACAUGAUCACCCUGCGGUCCCGGCUGCUCCCGGUGGAGCUGCAGCGCUUCGCCGUCCUGCUCAGAGAGUACCGGCUGGGAUCGGACAUCGACCACUUCUGCUCGCAGCUGCUGCAGCUGUAUGGAGACGACCGCAAGUUCCUGCUGCUGGGCAUGCGUCCCUUCAUCCCUGACAAAGACGUGGGAUCGUUUGAGAGUUUCCUGGAAAGCAUCGGCAUCCGGGAAGGCGGGAUUUUAACCGACAGCUUUGGACGAAUCAAGCGUAGCAUGAGCAGCAUGUCGGCCUCGGCCAUGAGAGGGUACGACAAUGGCUCCCUGGCUUCAGGAUGUCAGGAAUUCAACCGACGCAUGACGGACAUCACUCAGGACAUCCAGGCUCUGGGCUUCCAGGACACUCAGGAGGACAUCGAGGAGGAGGACUACUACCUGUAGGGGGCGCAGAGCAUCUUCCUCCCUGUGAGGGCGCCUGGAAUCUGCUGCUGCAGCAUGAAGCCUCCACCAUCCUCCACCAUCCUCCACCAUCCUCCCCCUCUGAUGUCGCUGGGCUCAGUAGAUAUCAGGGAUCGAGGCACAUCCAGAGAAAGGCCAUGUGACCGCGCGGCAGCCUGUUUCCCAUGAUGCCGUGCGGCGGCGGCCCCAGGCGUCCUGCUGUGCCGGAGCUGGAGUCACGGGGCUUCAGUCCGUUACGUAACAAACGUUUCCCCGCCGGAUUAGUCAGCGAUGUGACGGCACGGCGUUCAUCUGCAGGGCCGACUGUGACCUCCGACCUCCGACCCUCGAACAUGUUACAGAAUAAAGCUGGAGGAACUGAGGAGGUUGUGUGUUUGAAUCCCU